CCACCACAAAUCUAUCGCUCGACUACCACCAAUUCAUUCAUUACUUUCUAUUUGUUGUAAAUAUUUAUAAAAAUGAAAUAAUUUCGCGUAAAACCAAUCCAAACUAGACCAAAAUGAGGCAUUAAUGUGUAAACAAUGUUCGGUGCAUGUUGUUGAACAGCAAACAAAUCACUAUUGCGUAUUUUACCCCUGUCAAGUGCGCGCACAAGGACGGGGCCGUGCUGUCGUCGACGUCGUCUUUUCGCUAUAAUUUCCCAGUGCCAAAAAACGAAAGACAGUUAAAAAAGCUUGUGGUGGUGUUACGCGCGCUAAAAGGCAAUACCUGGUUGAAAGAAUCUUUUUCAGCACACCAAGAAACGCCAAGACGAUGACGAAGUGGAUUACAAAAAUUCAGCAGCUGUAAAAAUCUAUUUGUAAAUUUAUGUAUGGGAACGAAAAUACUCACACAAAGCUCGGACAAAGCACAAACUGAAAGAUAACAACAAUACAUGCCAAAUUAUUACUACUACACUUAUCGCAGCAACGCCGCCAAAGCUCAACGGGAUAGCCGAACGGAACGAACCCAAAAUAAUGAGUUGGCUUCGUACGAGUCCAUUGCGUCAAAGUCUGACGCGCAGCGGUGGCAGCUCUGGCAAUGGCGGCUCUGGCACUGCAACGACGAUGCGUCAACGACCCAUAGACGCAGCUACAGACUGUGAUCCGCGCGCCUGCUACGAUAGCUUCUGUAAGCACUGGCAACAGGCGCACGAAAUUAUUCAGCAUCCGGGCACGCCCACGCACGAUGAUGUACUGGGCGUGGUCUCGCAUUUAGAUUAUAUGGUAACGCUGCUGCUGGUUGAGCUGCAUCAUUGCAACAAGGUGUCGCUACCCUCGGCCGAUGCGGCACCCCCAGCAGCGCCCUGCCUGGAGUACUUGCUCAGCGAGAAUCUGCUGGACAAGCUGUACGAAUGGGCCAGCUCCACGGGCCGCUAUGCAAACGCUGUGCGCCUAGAGCAACUGAAACUGUACGAGCUGCUGGUGAGCCACUCGCGCCACCAGCUGCUGUGUCACGAGCCAUUUCUGCGGCCGCUGCUCAAGAUACUCGCUUCGAGUCAAGGCGAAAUCUUUCCGCCUGACCUGGAGAAACGUUUGGUCAUACUGCUGAACCAGCUGUGCGUCGUCCUCAUGCAGAAUGUCCACCUGCUCGAUCUAUUCUUCUUUUCGGCACAAACCCAGGUGCAGGAGCAAAUACAGAAUGGAAGCUUGCCUGCGCCUAAAAGUGGAACGACAACCAAUUUCAUAAUAUUUUCCCUGCUCAUACCAUACGUGCAUCGGGAGGGCAGCUUGGGUCAUCAGGCGCGCGACGCUCUGCUGCUCUGCAUGGCUCUGUCGCAAAAGAACUCCAACAUUGGCCACUACAUAGCACAAUACUCGUCCAUUUGCCCGCUGCUUGUCACCGGUCUCGGUGGACUCUAUUCACGCCUUCCGAACAGCAUCGAGAUCAACUCCAUUGACUGGCAUCGCAUCACGCCCGACGAUGUCACCGAAAUACCCGAGCUGACGCUCUUCAUGAACGCCCUAGAGUUCUGCAAUGCUGUCGUGCAGGUGGCCCACGAGAUGAUUAAGCAACAGUUGCUCGACUUUAUGUACCAGGGCUUCAUAGUGCCGGUGCUGGGCCCGGCUAUACUGCAGACACUGAAGGGCAAACAUUUUCAGACGAACAUCGACUCACAAAUCUCGGCUAUGUCCUAUCUGGAUUUGAUAUUACGCUCCAUUACGGAGCCCGGCCUUAUGCGUGCCUUUGUCAAAUUUCUCUUGGAUACGGAGAAAUUUGACGGUGAACGAAUUUUGGAUGCUCUUGUGGAGCGGCUACAUUCGCCCGAUGCCAAUUUGUGCAUGGUUACGAUGGCCCUGUUUGAUACGCUGUUGGGUCUGCACUGCGAGGACUUAAUGUUGGAGCUGUUGCUGAAGUAUAUGCUACCUGGCAAGCAUGUGCCAAUCUCGCAUCGUCACAAGAUCAACAAGAUCGAUCCGUAUCUGAACACAACCGAGUUCUUUUUGGAACUCACGCCCGAUGUGAUGAAGCGCGCUCGUGAUCUGGCGCGACCAAAGAGUGUUCAGGAGCUGGUUGACCCAGCAGCAACCGCAGCGACAACGGCAGCAGCAGCUUCCAUGCUGCUCAGCUUGCCCUCGCCGGUCAUGAGCAAGACGAUCGGAGCCAACUGGAACUACUAUGGCCACUACACGGGCGACAGCCUGUAUGCCAACGUGCAGGCGUAUCUGUUUGAGGCACACUCGCGGAUCGCUCAGUGUCAGCGCGACUGCAGAAAGUGGGCGAACAGCUAUCGAUAUCAAAAGUGGCCCAGGCAGGGUCAGGCACGGGCUACGGCCCAUGCUCUGGAGCUGGCCAGGCAGUUCUUCAGCGAAUUCGGCACAGCAGCUCCGGUGGUUGCGGCGCCUGUUGCCAGCGAAACGGGUGAGAAGCAGCUGGAUAGCUUGCAAUCGAUAGGCGAAUCCAGUGGCUACGAGUCCUUCAAGUGGCGGCCUGCUGAUGAGGAUGCCGAGGGCAUCGAUGUCACCGCAACAACAACAGCAUCAGCCAGCGAUGCGGAUCUGGAGCACAACAACAACAAUAGCAGCAGCAUCAGCAGUGGGCGGCGCGACUCUUGGCGCAUAUCUCACAGCAGUCGCAACGAGAUAUUGCUCACCGACCUGGAUUUCUCGGAGGAUUUGUUUGCGCAGGGCACCGUAAGCUUAGGUCCCUUUCUGAAUGCCAUUUGGGGCAAACUGCAAACCUUUACGAGCAACUCGCUGUACGUGAACCUGCAUUUAACUGGGCUAAUCACACGACUCGCUUGGUAUCCACUGCCGCUCAUCCACUCGCUGUUGCUGCGCUCCGACAUUGCCAUCACCUCGGACACGCCGUCGUUCCAUCAGGUGCUGCGCAUGCUCAAGCAGCAAAUCGAUGCUGAGCUGCCGGUCGCCGAGAACUCGCUGGAGAUUAUCGAUGUGGCGCGCUCGUACCUGAUCGAUCGCGAGUUCCGUUUGGUCAAUGCGCGCAAGAUCAGUGACAAUUCACCUCUACAUCACCAGCUCCAGCACCAACAUCAACACCACCAGCAGCAUCAGCAGCUGGCGCAAACCAACAGCCACACGCAGCAGCAGCAGCAACAGGCGCAACAGCGUUCCACCUAUGCAACGCUGUCGGCAGCAACGCCCGUACAGGCAUCGCCCACCAGUGCCUAUGAUCCGUUCAAACGCAGCGACAACAAGCGGCGCAGCAUCAGCAGGUCCAUAACGAGCAUGUUUAGCCGCAGAUCAACAUCGUCCACGCCGGCGUCAAAUGGAAACUCAGCUUCAUCUGGCUUAUCACAAAUUUACGCAUUCUUCACCGGCGCAGCAUCCACGCUGGUGGGUGGCAAUGGUGGCGAGACAAGUGGUGCACGUGGUGCUGCCCAGGAUAGCGCACGGGGCAACACAUGUGAGACGAGCCUGAGUACAGCACCGCGACAGGAGCCACAGACGAAUGUGGGCAGCAGCAGCAACAGUUCGAUGGGCGGCUCCACGCAAACCUUAUCCGGGACACACUCGUCGAGCACGCUGCACGGCGUGGAGAGCGGCCUGCAAACUGGAAACUUUAACUCGGAGCCAGUGUCGCUCGAUUCGGUGGCCUCCAUGGGCAUCAUAGCCAAUACCAGCGGUACGGAGCGUUCACGUGACUUGGCCCUGUGUGCCGUUCUGCUGGACGAGUGGCUAAAGGAGCUGGCGGCAGUGGCGCUGGAGCAGAGCGUUGUGCUGGUCACGGAGCAAUUGCUUUGACAACAGGCAGGCAGUUACGCAAUACGCAAUGGUUAUUGGAUUUGUUGACGUUUAUUUAUUUCACCAGUUUGAAUUAUGUUUUUUAUGAAGCCCAUUAUUUGCUGUUAAAUUAUCAAUAUUGUGUUAGUCUAUAUGUGUAUUUUUAACCAAUUUCGUACGAACAAAGUCGCACUUUUGAACAGAAACAAAACAAAACAAAAAGCUGAAAUCACUCGUUAAUCUAUUUAGUUAAUAAGUUUAAAAUUGUAAUCAAAAAUCGUUGCUAGCUGACAAAA